AUGUAAAGGAGAAUAUUUUAAAGUUUAAUAAAAUAGAAUUUAUUCAUAAAGAAUAAGAGUGUUUAGGGAAUAUAUAGAUCUAAAUUUUAUAAUUUGCAAGCUUAAAGCUUUUCAACAUCAUAAAAAGAAGAUAUAGAUCUCAAUUAGUUGACAAGUGAAAUCGAAUAGCUUAAAAAGAAAGUUGGAACAAACACUCAGCCAAAAAGCUCUAUGUAAGAUGAGUAGCUAAGUGAAUUGAGUUAGUUCGAAGCAUUUUAAUCAGCAUCUAGAUACGCAUCAUUAGAAAAAUUUGAGUUGGCAGAAUAAAAAUUUUAAGAAGCUCUAAAUAUACUAAAUGAAUAACAACCAGACAGAAUAGAUUUAUAGAUUAUAUUAAUGAAAAGGUUGGCUUUAAUGUAUAAAUUGCAAGACAAAAAUUACUUAUUAACACCUCUUCUAGAAGAUAUAUAUUUUAAGCAUCUAGCUUUUUAUUCUUACAAAAAUGUUGAUUAUAUUAAAAUUUUAAAAAAUCUACUGACUCAUUACUGUAUUUAUGAUUUAGAAAGGGGAUCUAUUUUUCUAGAAAUGAUUCUUGAAUAACUUCAACAUGAGGAAAUUCCUAAAGUUAUUGUUAGAGAUAUUUAUUUAUAUGCUGGAAUAAUCCAUGCUCUUAAAGGUGAUGAUUUCAAUCAAUCAGAAAGAUUCCUAUAAGAAUCUAUUUAGGCAGGUUUAUAACCAAUUCAAAAAGGUAUUGCUUAUAACAAUCUUGCUUGUGUAACUUAUUGGAAUUGUCUAAAGCUUCUUUUAGAGUUAUCCCAAACAACAAAAGAAGAAGAAAAAAAGCAAAAGUAACUUCAAGAGGAGAUAUAAGAAAGAAUUCAAUUAGUUGCUCCAUUAAUAAAAAGAGCUUUUAAUGCUUUUGAAUUUGAAGAAAAAAAUAGAUAAAAAGAUUAAAUUAAUGAAUAAUAAUUUACGAUACUUAAAAAGCUCUUUGAUGAAGAAUAAAAAGUUUUUGAUCUUACUGGCUUAAAACCUGAAGAUGUUUUACUCAAAAAUCCUAUGAGUUCUGUAUGUGCUAUGAAUAUGGGAGAAUUUUUAUUUUAUUCUGGAGAUUUUAAUGCAAGCUAAUUUUGGUUAUAAGUUAGCCAAUAUUCAUCUACAAAGCUUGAGUCAUUACAUCGUGUGCUAAGAACUAUAGUAAUAUCAGCUUUAGCUGCUAAAAAACAAAAUAAAAUAGAAUUUGCUGAAAAUUUGUUGAUUGAUUGCUUAGAAUAUUCUGAAAACUAUACCACAUUUAAUAAAGUCUUUGCUCUUGAAUCAUAUUCUUAAAUUUUGAAGUAAUAAGGAAGAAAUUAUGAAGCAAAUAGCUAUUAACAAUAAUCAGAUAAUCUUAGAAAUGUCCUUUCUUUUUGGGAUGAAAGAAAAGAAAACAUACUCAUACCAGACUAUGAUUUCAAAUUUUGA